AUGGCGAGGAAAUCGACUCCGGCGUCCAACUCCAUCACCGAUGACGGAAACGACGACUUUGGCCUGUUGAAUCAGAAUCGCGGUGAUGGUACAGACUUGGGGGGCAAGACAAAGGAUGACUCGUCCUCUGCACCUCCAGCUUGGAGCGAGCUCAAGACCAAGGCUGGCAAGGACCGGAAACGCCUACCACUCGCCUGCAUCGCCUGUCGUCGCAAGAAGAUACGCUGCUCUGGCGAGAAGCCUGCCUGCAAGCACUGCAUGAGAUCACGAAUACCCUGCGUUUACAAAGUCACUACUCGAAAAGCCGCCCCGCGCACCGAUUACAUGGCCAUGCUCGACAAGCGACUCAAGCGCAUGGAAGAGCGCAUUAUCAAGAUAUUACCAAAGGGUGAGCAGGAGACAAUAUCGUCGGUACCCCGUGCCGUGGUAAAACCUGCCAUUCCCGGCACCGGCACAAUGGCCUCGAAUAAGGCAUCCGCCAAGAAACGCAAUGCCGACGAAGCAUUUGGCCGGGACCUUGAGGCUUGGGCCAAAGCUCCUAGGCCAAAGCUACCGGAAGAUCAUGCGGCCGGCACACCCGAGUCUCGCGAAGCUGAAGAGAAUGAGCUCCUCCGCGAAGGAAGAGAAGCUCUUCCUCCAAAAGACGUCCAGGAACACCUUACUGAAGUUUUUUUUGACAAUGUCUAUGGGCAAUCAUAUCACCUUCUCCACAAACCAAGCUAUAUUCGCAAAUUAAAGAAUGAUACGCUUCCGCCAGUGCUAGUCCUCUCCGUGUGCGCCAUCGCAGCGCGCUUUACCUCAAGCCCAAAGUUCAACUCGGCCACCAAACAAUUUAUGCGUGGAGAGGAGUGGGCCUCACAUGCGCGAGACAUUUGCACCAAACGAUACGACUGGCCUAAUAUAACGAUAUUGACUUGUCUUCUCAUCUUGGGGAUGCACGAAUUUGGAACAUGUCACGGCGGCCGCGCCUGGGCCCUGGGUGGGCAGGCUAUUCGUAUGGCCUUUGCUCUUCAUCUGCAUAAAGACUUGGAGUACGAUCCGCAGUCGCGGAACAAGAAGGUCAAGCUGAGCUUCAUUGACCGUGAAAUCCGUCGCCGUGUUAUGUGGGCUUGUUUCAUGAUGGACCGCUUCAACUCGUCCGGCACUGAUCGCCCAGUCUUCAUCAAAGAAGAGACCAUGAAAAUCCCUCUACCCGUCGCCGAGAAAUACUUCCAGUUUGAUAUGCCCGCUCGGACAGAAUUCCUUGACGGCAGCGUCCCGGAGUGUAGCGUGCCCGAACAAGACCAGGUGGACAACCCUCGCGACAACAUGGGAGCAUCUGCCUAUACUAUUCGAUGCGUGUCUAUCUGGGGCCGUAUCGUUACGUACUUAAAUCAGGGUGGCAGAGAACAGGAUCCCUAUCCGAUGUGGAACAAAGACUCCGAGUAUGCGAAACUGGUGCGGGCUACUGAAGAGCUGCUGCGAACUCUUCCCGAUAACCUGCAGUGUACUCGCGAGGCUCUGGAUAUCCAUCGAGCAGAGAGCACGGCAAAGCAUCUCCUGUAUCUUCACAUGGCCAUUCAGCAAAACUUGCUCUUUCUCCACCAAGCCGCGGUUUCCUUCUCCCAAGACCGUGUCGGAGAGGAAGCGCCGGAAGAUUUCAUCCCACAAGCCAGCAUCAAGACUUUUGCGGCCGCUAAUAAGAUAUCAGACCUGAUCAGAGACGCUGAAGAGGUGCAGUGUAGCAUAGCAACCCCUUUUGCCGGGUACUGCGCCUUCUCUUCGGCCACCAUCCACAUCACCGGUAUCUUCUCUGGGAAUCCAGCGAUGAAAGCCACCGGAGAGGCCAAUUCCAGUGUAAACGUGAGAUUCCUGCGUAAUAUGAUGAAAUAUUGGGGCAUGUUCCACUGGAUGGUAGAGAACAUUCGUAUGCAGUUCCGCAACGCCCUCGAUGCAGCCCGCGCUGGCGGCCCUAACAAUGGCAGUACUGCUUCAUCACCGAUAUUGCAGUAUGCUGACUGGUUCAACCGUUAUCCUCACGGAGUCUCGGACACGGAUUAUAUGGAUCCUGCCAUAUAUAGGAAGAAGGAGCGGGGAGAAGAUGGCGCUUUGGAACAGAAGCCAGAGCUGCAGUCGAUCGAGGAAUUCUUCAUGGCUGUUGGACCGACAAUGAACGACAAGGAAGGGUCACGACCUGGGCCAUCGAAACGGAAGGGCCCCCUGAAGAAGCCAACCACCAACGAACAAAAUGCGGCAGCUAUUAGCGGGCAACACCUCCACGAUCGGAUGAGACUGGCCAUGCACCAGCACCAGCAGCAGCAGCAGCAAUCUCGGCAACCGCAGAAGUUCUCAGACGCGCUUGGGGUGCAGACCACCAAUCCAACUCCCUUCCUCUCCAUUCCUGUGUCACAGCCACAAAAUCCAACAUACCCCAUGAUGCCACUGGGCCCUGCUAACGCUGCACAAUUCACUCAAAACGUGCCGUUGCAGAAUUUUUUCUCGACAGAUCUACUCUCUAUGAACAUGGAUCAGUCAAUCGGGAUGAUGAACUCAUUAGACAAGCAAAUCUCAUAUGGUGAUUUCUCCAUGGACACCGGGAAUGUUAUGAUGAACGGAUCUGGCAGCUGGGGAGGCAUGUCUGGAAAUAACCCUCAGGCCAAUAAUCAGAUUCAGAGUCAGCAAAAUAUGAAGUCUGAAAGCAUGAGCGGCGACGAUGCUCAGGCCCAAGAUCAGAUGGGCAGCAAUGCUAUGAACCCGUACGUUGGCCAAGAUGCGUCUCCUGGAUGGUUCCUAUCCUUGGAAGGAGGUCAGGAUAUGGGAUUCGGAAGCGUCGAUCCUUUUGCAAACUUAUUCGGCAGCAACGGAGGAAUGCUUAUGGCUGACCACCAGGGCGGCAUGUAA